AGAAUGGGCUCGACUGUACGUGAACGCAACCAUCUUGUACGAAAACCUGCUUCCAAGUGCAGACCGAUUCCAUCACCAUCGCCCCUCACUCUGCCGCCAAGAGACGCGACGCGACUUGCACGGACUACAUCUCGGACUCCCAGAACGGACACAUACCCAUCACACGACCCAGGCAACCAUCAUGGCUGCAGGUGGACAGGACCAGCAACGUGAGAGCCAUCUCAUCUCUCUCAAGGUCAUGCGCCUCUCACGUCCUUCGCUCGUUACAGGUCAUGGCCUCUUCUUUGGAGCACCUCACGCUGCGACAUCUCCCAACGUCUCGGAAGCUGCUGCUGCUACCACGGCAUCACCCGUGGGAGAGCGACCGAAUAUGACAUCCAUCUUGACGGAAGCGCUCUCGGACCUGUCGCUCACCCAGCUGGAACGGGUCCAUCCACCAGCUAAAGUGCAUCCUACCAACGAUUAUGAAGCGCAUGCUGGCAAUAGCAGUAGCAAUGAGGUCGAAGCACUGGACAUGGGCGAUUUCGGGGUCUCGGAGCUCCUUACCAUGCCUGCGUCCUUUGGAAAUAUCUAUCUUGGCGAGACAUUCACAUCCUACAUCUGCGCCAACAACGAAUCAGCCCACCCAGUCAGAGACGUGAUCCUCAAGGCAGAGCUCCAGACCUCGACCUUGCGGUUUGCACUCUCAGAUACCCUCGCUGGACAGCGCCAACAUGUGCCAGGAAGAUCACCAUCGGAAGUACCGCCCUCACCCGCCACGGGCGGGCAUAUCCAACUCCUGGAGUCCGGAAAGACCAACGAGAUGAUUGUAUCGCACGAAAUCAAAGAGCUGGGAAUCCAUAUUCUGGUCUGCUCGAUCCAGUACACGACAUUAGAUGGGCAACAGAAAUCAUUCAGGAAGUUUUAUAAGUUCCAGGUAAUGAACCCGCUCUCGGUCAAGACCAAGGUCAACCAUCCUCCAGCCACAACAGUCUCGACCCAGGACGGUAACGGCGGCGCCCCAGUCUCGGUAGCGAAUGUGUCCACGGGCGGAUUGGUUCUGUUAGAGGCAAUGGUGCAGAAUGUCUCUGGGGUCACGAUGUGGAUGGAGCGGAUGCGGUUCGAAGUUGCCGAUGCAUUCACGGUCAAAGAUCUGAACGUCGUGAUCGAGGACGAGGACGAGGACGGGGACACAAAAAUCACGACGGAGAGCAAACGAGGCGGUCCAGUGAGCAUUUUCGGCAAACACGACUACUUUGCACCCAACGAUGUUCGACAAUAUCUUUAUGUACUGACUCCGAAACCAGGGAAGGAACUUUUGGCAAAGACAACGAACGUCCUUGGCAAGAUGGAUAUCCUCUGGAGGUCGCAGUUUGGCGAGACAGGGCGGCUACAGACCAGCCAGUUGACGCGCAAACCUUCCCCGCUGGAUGAGAUUGCUGUGCAGGUGGUCAAGGUGCCGGAGAGGAUUCGGCUGGAAGAGGUCUUUUCGAUCGAUAUCCAACAACAACCGCCACAGCAGCCGCAGCAACAAAGUUACAGCAGCCAACCUAAUCAACCCACGCGCCAGUCCAGUUCUUCACAGUUUCCUGGCCAACCACCACUCGGAGGGGUAUUGGCACGACCCCCAGCCGCGGUCGCAAGAGGGGGUGUUGUCCCGCCUAACCGACCGCUGGACAGCCCUUCAUUACCGUCGAACCAGCAGCAACAGCAGCAACAGCCCUCGAGUAUAUCUCAGGAUCAGAACUCUAUGAAGUUGAUGCUGACGGGUGUCAAGCAAAAGAUGGGAUCGGUUCUUUUGAGCGGACCGAACAGUCGGCAGCUGGGAGCGGUUCCGGUGGGAGGAGAGGUACGCGUGCGUUUGGACUGGUUCCCGUUGACGAGUGGGGUGCAAAAGAUUGGAGGGAUUCGGAUUGUGGACGUUAUUUCGGGAUAUACGAUCGAGCUCGACCAUUUGACGAAUUGCUUUGUGGAGCAUGCAUGAGUGCGGUUUUUUUUUUUUUUUUUUU